AUGAAUCAGAAUGAAAUAGCAGUCUCAAUGAAGAUACCAGAAUUGAAGUGCGUUGAAUCCAGAACAGAGAAUAAGCGUUUUCAUUAUAGUCGUUUCACUCUAUCUCCGCUUCGCAAAGGUCAAGCUAAUACAAUAGGCAGCGCAAUAAGAAGAGUUUUACUUGGAGAAGUAGAAGGAACAUGUAUCACACGUGCUAAAUUUCACAAUAUAUCAAACGAAUAUUCCGUAAUAAUAGGUAUUGAAGAAUCAAUACAUGAAAUUUUGAUGAAUCUGAAAGAAAUUGUACUUCGAAGUGAUGCGUACGGAAUUCGAGAAGGAUCUAUCCAUGUUGUCGGACCAAAAAAAGUAACCGCUCAAGAUAUCAUGUUGCCACCUUCUGUGAGAAUAAUCGAUACUACACAACAUAUAGCUAACAUAAACAAAUCAAUUACCUUAGAUAUAUCAUUACAAAUUGAAAAAGGUCGCGGAUAUAUUAUUCAAAAUCCAAAUAAUUACAAUCCUAAGGAUGAAAUUUUUGCUAUAGAUGCUGCCUUUGUCUUUCCUAUAGAUGCUGCCUUUGCCCCUGUUCAAAAUGUAAAUUACAGUAUUCACUCCUAUUGGAGCGAAAAUGAGACACAAGAAAUUCUAUUUCUUGAAAUAUGGACGAAUGGAGGAUUAGCUCCUAAAGAAGCACUUUACGAAGCUUCUCGGAAUUUGAUUGACUUUUUCCUUCCCUUUCUAAAUGCAAAGGAAGAGAACAGCGAUGGAACAAACAGUCUAAGCGACGAUAUUACUCCUUCCUUACCUAUUUUGCAUAUAUCGACUGAUACGAAGAGAAUAGCUUUUGAUCAAAUGUAUAUUGACCAAUUAAACUUCUCUACUAGGGUAUAUAAUUGCCUCAAAAAGGCAAAUAUAAAUACAGUAUCGGACCUUUUGAAUUACAGUCGAGAAGAUUUAAUGAAAAUAAAACAUCUUGGGGAACAAUCUGUCAAAGAAAUCUUGGAAUUUAUACGAAAUAUUCAAAUUGAUUCACCGGGGAAUCCGGUUUAG